AUGGACCUGUAUGAGACUGUGAACAGGCCAGGUCAGCUCAACCCAGACACAAUGAAGCAUCUAUACAGUGACUAUCCACUCACUGUCUCAGUAUCCGAAUUGCUAGCAGAGUUGUCAUUAUCCCGGGUUGACCAGGGAAGUCAGCGUGUAUUGGUUCGACAGUGGAUGAGGCAAGCCAAGCAUUUCUCUGUGUUUGAUUUCCACCCUCUGCAGAUUAUUCCAGCAGCUGCCACAAUUAAGAAUUUGCUUCCCCCUCCUGUUCGCUUCACAACCUUUGUAGUACCUCUGGCAAAGACAAAGCAUCUAUUCUUUGGAAGAUAACUAGGACAAGGCAGCUUUGGGGUGGUAACUGAAGUAAAACAUAGGACUAUGGGCAAAAAAUGGGCCACCAACCAAGUUAACAGGAAAAAGGGUUCAAGUUCUGCCAUGAAGCUACUUGAAUAGGAUGUGAGCUUCUUAAAGAGAGUGAGCUAUGAUCUUAUAAUACACUUAGAAGAGAUUUUUGAGACACCAAAGAUGUAUCUUGUAAUGGAGCUGUGUGAGGAUGGAGAAAUAAAAAAAAUUCUUUGUAGUAAAGGACAUUUUACAGAAAAUGAGACAAGGCACAUGAUUCAGAGUCUUGCUUCAGCAACAGCGUAUCUUCACAAAAAGGAUAUUGUUCACAGAGAGCUAAAACUGGAAAACAUUUUAGUUAAAAGCAGUGACAUCGAUGAAGCAAAUGAAAUGAAAUUAAACAUAAAGGUGGUUGACUUUGGUUUAGCUGUACCAACAGGCUGUGGUAGUGAAAGCAUGUUUCAGUCUAUCUGUGGGACUCCUAUAUACACGGCUCCUGAAGUUAUCAUUGCCUAUGACUACAGCCAACAGUAUGACAUUUGGAGCAUAGGUGUCAUUAUGUACAUGCUGUAA